GCUGGGAAUGACAGCAUGGUUGUACCCCCCCCCACCCCCCCCACCCCAGGUAACAGCGGGACGGGGUGUUACCACGGCAAGCACACGUUUGAUCAGCUGAGCCACCUGCGCGGGUGCCUGGUGAAGCCGCUGGCGUUCGAGAGGGUGAACGGCGUCCGCUACCCGCCGCACACGCCGAGGAAGCUGCGCUGGGCCUACUUCCUCUUCCUGCGGCGGAUCAACGUGGCGCACCUGCGCCGCGCGGCCCUGCUCGCCGCCUUCGCCGCCCUGGCCGCGCUCCUCGCGCAGAGGUUUCGGCGAAGAUGCUGAGGUGGAUGUGUCGGUACCGGUCACUGGACCGGAACCGGACGCGAGAGAGCAGCCAAGUGGAUUAACGCAAAGCUGGACGGGGAUCAGCCGGUCCCUGGCCUGCGCAUCUGCAGCUUCCAAAUCAUGAACGUUAUUCUCCUCACGCGCCAUGUCUCAACUGCCAUUUCCCAGUCCGUUUUAAUGCGAUGUUGAAGUUAAACUUAAAAGCAGUUAAAACGGACAUAGCACAAAAAAGUAAUUUAAGCUUUAUUAGAGCUUUGAACUUUGCGUGAACCAAGAGAGAUUAGGUCCUUUUUGUAAUGUUUGGGUGAGUUUAUGGGAUUUUUGAUGAUUCGAGGCUUUUCUGCUUUAUGGAAAUAAAGCGAGUAUACAAUGCA